AAACCGCAAAACCCCCUCUUUCCUUGUUCCAGUUUCCCACGUUUCCUUACACUCCAAGGCUUCUUUGUUUACUUUAAAGGGUUGACUUCUUCACAUCAUUUGAACGUGGAUGGAAUGUUAUGGAGGCUAGUUAGAAGAGAUCUGUGUUAAGUUGUGAAAAAUAAAAAAAAAGAAUAUGGCUCCGGCUAGCAAGGCAGAGAAGAAGGCUGCAGUCGAUGCAGCUGCAUGGAUGUUCAAUGUUGUCACUUCUGUUGGAGUUAUCAUUGUAAACAAAGCUUUGAUGGCCACUUAUGGCUUCAGUUUUGCUACAACAUUAACAGGUCUACAUUUUGCUACUACAACUUUGAUGACUGUCAUACUAAGAAUGCUGGGAUACAUCCAGCCAUCUCAUUUACCCUUGCCUGAACUUCUAAAAUUUGUUUUCUUCGCUAACUUCUCCAUUGUUGGAAUGAAUGUCAGUCUAAUGUGGAACUCAGUUGGAUUCUAUCAAAUUGCUAAGUUGAGUAUGAUCCCUGUAUCCUGCCUAUUGGAAGUUGUUUUGGACAAGAUGCGGUAUUCAAGAGACACAAAACUGAGCAUAGGUGUUGUUCUUUUGGGUGUUGGUGUUUGCACUGUAACUGAUGUGAGUGUUAAUGCAAAAGGUUUCAUUGCUGCCUUAAUAGCAGUAUGGAGCACUUCGCUGCAACAAUAUUAUGUUCAUUAUCUUCAACGGAAGUAUUCACUAAGUUCUUUCAACCUUUUGGGACAUACAGCACCUGCACAGGCUGCAUCACUACUGUUAGUAGGCCCUUUUCUAGACUAUUGGUUGACAGACAACAGAGUUGACAGAUAUGCUUAUAACGCAGGCUCUUUGAUGUUCAUAUUUCUAUCAUGCACUAUUGCGGUUGGGACCAACCUCAGCCAAUUUAUCUGCAUUGGGAGAUUUACUGCUGUUUCAUUUCAAGUGCUAGGUCAUAUGAAGACAAUACUUGUAUUAAUGUUGGGGUUCUUUUUCUUUGGGAGGGAUGGUCUCAAUCUUCAUGUGAUUGUAGGGAUGAUAAUAGCUGUGGUUGGAAUGAUAUGGUAUGGCAAUGCCUCAUCAAAACCUGGUGGAAAAGAGCGUUGGGGUCACUCUCUAUCUCUCCCCACCAACAAAACUGAAAGCCGAUAGUUUCAUAGCCUUCACUCAUUAUGGUGGUUUUAUUUGCAUAAUACCAAGAUAGGUGAUUCUAGGAAAGUAUUUUAUUAUUUGAAAUUAUAACUACCUCAUUGGUUCUGAUUAU